AUGACGACGAUACAAGAAACUGUAAGUUUUGUAGUACUGUAACUUUAUUUUGUUUAGAAAGCAAAACGUGAGGGAGUUGUGGGUAACUUAAAAUCGAUUCGUGUCGGUAAGACAAAGUUACUUGGGAUGUUAGGCUCUCUAAAGGACGCUGAAGAACGUGGUGAAGUAAGUUAUGACAGUAUACUGUAACUUUAUUCUUUUAUAAUAGAAUAUGUAACUUUAAAAAUAUAUUACUGAUAGUAAUAAAAUAAAUUUUCAUAGUAAAUAAUAAUAGUUAUUAGUUUAGGAUGUAGACAAAGCGUUGACAGUACAAUUAGUGGAGGCAUACGACAAAUUGAAAAUCCAAGAAGACGAGUAUCUUACAGUAUUAAAAGACAUUAUCCAACAGCAUUUCGGUGAGUACCGAGCCGAGAAAACGAAAGUUGAGAAGGAGAGAGAAAGGGAGGAGAACGGAGAACCAGUAGAACGAACAGAAGAAGAACAACGUGCUCUAGACGAGUUCUUGAAAGAAGUUGAUGAAGUUGAAUCAAGCGCUAAAGCUGCUUAUGACAAAAACGAAGAGUUGAUGGCAAAGUUGAGGGAAAAAUUGGAACAGGUACAGUUUAAAUAAAGCCGGUAGUGAAAAUUUAUAUAAAGUUAUAUAUAAAGCAUGGCUCAACUUUCUCUUUUAAUUCUAAUAAUAGUUAUUUUUAGAAACAACUUAUCGACCAUCUGAAUACUGUCAAAGAAAGUGAACUGGAAAAGGCUCAAGCUGCCAAAAACCGCAGUAAGUUUUAUUAUCUUUUUAAUAAUUUCUUUUUCAAUUUUAAAAAAACGAUAAAGAUACCACACCGGUUAAAGCAAAUCAAUUGCUACAAUUCCUACUUUAAAAACAACUGAACUAAUUGAAAUCUUGUAGUCUUGGCCGAAAAAGAAGCCUUGUCACGGGCCGAACAAGUAAGAGAUCGUCUGAAGAAAGUAGUUCUUAAAAGAGAACUGGCAAGAAGUACUAAUGAACCAUCAGCAGAAGAGAUAUUACCAGGAGAUCAAGAAGAGCGCGUACCAGAACUUCCAAAGCUGGAAAUGCCAGUACCAAAGACAGAAGAAGAAAAGGAGAUGAACGAGAAAAUCCAGAGACACAUCGAGUCGAUAAAGAGCAGAAGACAAAGGAUGUAUGAGUGUGGGGCCAGACUUAAUGAAAUGGUGGAUUUGGGGGAGACUAUUAACAACGCUGUCAAGAGGACAAAGUAAGAUAUCUUAAUUAUAACAAAGCGAAUAUGAGUUUAUAACAGCGUUGUGAAGUACUGCGAAGUUCUGUCUGUGGCUUUGAAAAAAGUUUUUUUGACAAUGCCGGUCAAAAAGUAGAAGGUAAACGUGAUAAAGCUGGGCAUGGCUACAAAACGUUCAAUUUUUGCUAAAACGCAACAUGAAAGUCAUAAAUGCUUCAAUCAUAUUUUUCAAAAAACUUUAAACUUUUUGAAAUUUAUUAUUUCUGUUACAGUAACCUGGAAGAGCUGUCCAAGAAGUUGGAAGCCCUGAAGACCGAGGAGGAAAGCGAAAGGUGAGGACCAAACCGAUUUGUUUUAUUGUCAGAGGUCAUCUGGGAGCUAGUGUAAAGUGAAUUACAUCAAAGGCGAGGGCAGUGAGUGGGGGUCGAUCUGUUCACAUUCUGAGACGUCAUCUGUUCGGGGGAGAGGCGAGGGUAACGGAGGGGAGGGAAUGGUGGCCAGAUGACGACGAAAUCUUUUCUGGGCAGAUGCGGCUCUCCCUCUCUCUUUUCGUUGUGAUCGGCUCUAAUCCGGCACGCCUGUUACUUCCUUAACUCUCGAUCUGGUCAUCUGACUCCGCCCGGUUCUCGAGGAUCGGUGCUGGGUCGUCGUUCUCGAAAAGUUAGUCAGUCUAUUCGGGAGAAGGCGAGCCGAUCGGCCGCUUUGUUUCUAUUGUUAUUCGAUUUAUGUGCCGAUAUUCAGCUAGAUGUACUCUUGAAAUAUUGUUCUAGGUCUACCUAAUGUUUGGGGGUUUUCUGAACGUACUAGCUAUAUUAUACUAGAUCUACGCUUAUUGGUCAUCCUUUAGGUGAAAUUAACAAUAUAUUCUACUUUUCUUCAUUUUAUUUUUAAAUUUAUUUUUUAAAUAUUUAUUUUUAUGUAAUUUCUAUUGUUAUACAGUAGUAAUCCUGGUUAAGUGAAUACUUUGCCACAGUCUUAGAAUUUGGCAUAGCUGGGCUGGGGUUCGCUUAGACCGGUGUUACUACUUUCUUUUUAUAUGUCCUACUACAACAUUAAUGAUUCUUUUAAAGUAAUAAUCUGUUUUCAGCAAGAAGGAGUAA